AUGGGAAAGGUCACACAUAUUGUCCAGCUCCAGUUCAAGAGCGAUGUUGGCCAAUCCACUAUACAAGAGGCCAUCAGCACUAUGCUUUCGCUAAAGGAGAAGUGCAUCCUCCCCAAAACAGGAAAGCCGUACAUUGUUUCGAGCACAGGAGGAAAAGAGUGUUCUGUGGAGGGAAUGCAGAAUGGCAUUACCCAUGUCUUCGUCGUUGAGUUCGCAUCUGUGGCGGACCGCGACUAUUACGCAAAGGAAGAUCCGGCGCAUCUUGCUUUCGGUGCAAGUCUUGGUCCGAUCGUUGCACAGGUGCAGGUGGUGGACAUUGAAGAUGGCAUCUUUUGA